AUGGCAGUGAUGAAAAACUGUAAAGUAAAUACAAUUUAUUUGGAUGGUUAUUUUAAGUAUGGGGAAACGAAGGCGCCUAAAAUGCCAACAUGCAAGCAUGACGGGAGAGCCUACCAGUGCACAAAACUCAAUAUUGCGGAUGUGAUGGCAUUUUAUAAAGCUUUUCAUAAAAAUGAAGAGAAAGUUGAACAAGACACCUUUAUACUGCCAUUCCUAGAUUUAAACCCUGUUCGCAGACGUCGCCCAAAAACUGGAGUAAAUCGUAAUAAGACAACUACAUGCAAGUGUUUCAUAAAAGGUCCAGAUGGCAAGUUACCCGUUUGUCAAAAGACUUUCACCAAUGCCUUGAGGAUCACAACUACUCCGGGCCGACUCCGAACUAUAAUGAACAAUUUUAGAGAGGAAAGUAAUCUUCCAUGCGAGAAAAGGGGAGAAGACAAACGAACGCAUUUAUAUAAAGAGAAACUGAGAAGCGUGGUCGAAUUUAUUAAAAGUAUAAAAUGCGUGGAGUCUCAUUACUGUAGGGGUCGAAGUUCUUCAACUCAUAUUGAAGGUGCACGUGAUAUCGGUGUAAUUCCUGCGAUCGUCAUUACUGACUCGUCAUUGCCAUCAACUUCAUCAUCAGGCAUAAUUGGUUCGUCCCGCUCUGAGGUUAGAAGAAUACAACAGCAGGUCUUGUCCGCAUACGCACUAAAGAGAAUUUCAGUGACUCAACAGAAAAAAUUGGAUCAGCUUUUAUUGAAUCUUAUAAUCAAAGAUUUCCAACCAUUUUCCAUGGUCGAAGAUAAUGGCUUUAAAGAUUUUAUAUUGACUUUAAAUCCCGCAUACAAAUUGCCUACAAGAAAAACUUUAAGCAAUGUUCUUCUUCCAGCAGUGUUUGAAGAAGUUCGCCUUAAAGUUUCAGAUGCUUUAAAGGAAGUCGUAUCAAUUACAAUUACAACAGACUGCUGGACGUCUAGCAACACAGAUAGUGUAAUAGGCAAAUGUGUUGGGUAUGAGGGAGGUCAUGGAAGUACAAAUUUAGCAGAUAAUCUAAGUAAAGUUAUUUCAAACUCGAAUAUAUCAGAAGAGAGUAUUUUGCUUGGUAUUUCAGAUAACGCUGCAAAUAUUAAAAAAGCUAUCUCUUCAGACUUAAAUUGGAGACAUUUUGGUUGCUAUGCACAUACCCUAAAUUUAAUAAUGGGCGAUGCAUUGAAACUGAUCCAAGAAGUAACAUUAAAUAAAGUCAGUAAAAUUGUGACACAUUUCAAACAAAGUGAAAAUGCUAAAAGCAAAUUAGAUAAUGUUCAGCGACAGCAAGGUAAGGAACCCAAGAAACUUAAAAAAGAUGUAGUUACUAGAUGGAACUCCACUUAUUUAAUGUUAGAAAGAUUUGUAGAAUUGGAGGAAGCUAAGAACCACAUUAGCAUUAAUGGAUUCAGUCUCCCUACCGUUCGAGUUCGAGUGACGAGAGCUUUAAAGCUUAUAAAGGCGAGGGUAGAUCAUAUCGAAAAAAAAAAUUAUCAGACGUUUAAAAAAUCGUGGGUUGAAGAUGAACAGUUUAAAAAUUGGAUUAAGCAGGGCAAAAAUGAAUACUUUGCAAUGUGCCGACUUAGCAACAAAGAUAUUUCAAUUAAGUCAAUGGGAAGAAUUGAAUUAGUGCGCCAUCAGGAUAGUGCGAUGCAUGUUCAAAAUUGUAAAUCUACGAAAGUGCAGAGUACUUUAAAAGAUAUGGCAAUUUUUAAAGGAGUAUCUAGUCAACAGACUGAUCAAUCUGAUGAAAACAUCAGAUUUGCAUAUUGCAGCAUUUAUCACUGA